AUGGAUCUUAGUAAGGCUUAUGAUUCUAUUGAUUGGUAUUUUUUGGAGGACCUUUUGAAAGCGUACUAUUUUCCUAGUCACUUUAUUCAUUGGAUUAUGGUUUGUUUGAAGGGAGUUUCCUAUUCUCUGUUAUUGAAUGGUCGAUUGCAUGGGGGUUUUAGUGGGAAGAAAGGUUUACGUCAGGGUGAUCCUAUCUCUCCUCUGCUGUUUGUUUUGGUCAUGGAAUAUCUUACUAGAUUGCUUAUUCAGGCUUUUCAUCACAAGGAGUUCAGAUUUCACCCUUUAUGUAAACGGCUGGCCCUUGUCAAUUUAUGUUAUACGGAUGAUCUAAUUCUAUUUUGUAAAGGGUCUCUCAGAUCUGUUCAAAUUCUUCAGGAGGGAUUUACUAAAUUCAGCCAGGAUUCGGGUCUUAUUGCAAACUUAUCUAAAUCCCACAUUUAUUUUGGUGGAGUUCAUUCGGAUGAAAAGAAGAUCAUUUUGGAUUGUGUUAACAUUGAGGAGGGGUCCUUUCCCUUAAAAUACCUGGGGCUGCCUCUUCGGCCUACUAAAUGGAAAGCGGAGGACUGUGGUUUGAUCCUUAAAAAGAUUCAAAGUCACCUUCAUUCUCGGUCUAGCCAACAUCUUUCAUUUGCUGGGAGAUCUCAAUUGAUACAUUCGGUUUUGUUGGGUAUUAGAUUGUAUUGGAUGAGUAUUUUUCUGCUUCCUCAACGAGUUAUACAUGACGUUGAUAGGUUGUGUAGGAACUUUUUAUGGGGAGCCAAUGGCAAUCGAAGCAAAUUGCAUCUGUCUUCUUGGGGUCAAGUUUGUUUUCCCAAGCACUUAGGGGGUAUCGCCUUCAAGGAAGGGGCUAAAUGGAAUACAACUCUGCUUGCCAAGUAUAUUUGGGCUAUUUCAUCUAAACAAGAUUCAUUAUGGGUCAAAUGGACAGCUGUUGUCUAUCUCAAAGGACAUGAUUUCUGGCAGUAUAGACCCCAAGCAGAUGUUAGCUGGUACUGGAGGAAGCUAAUUAAGUUGAGAGAUACUUUUUCUUAUGAUGUGUUGGAGGAUUCGGUUACCAAAGGCAAGCUAAACAUUUCUAGACUGUAUAAUCACUUGAUGCAAAAGGACAAGGCUAGGUUUGCUAUGGUGCUGAAGCAGAUUAACAAGUGGUUAGGGUUUGAUGUUUGGCCUUCUACUUAUUCAGACUGGCUUCUUUGGAUGGUUGGGAGGCCAAGAGAUCUUCAUCAAAGAAUAGUUGCUGCUAUUCCUGCCACUGCAGUCUAUUUUAUUUGGAUCAAUAGGAACUCUUGUAUAUUUGACCAUUGUUCUAUGACUAUUUUGAAAAUUGAUACUUUGAUUAUUAUGAGUCUGAAAGCUAGGUUGUUAAGAUUUGUUAGUCAAAAGCUUAAAGCCUCUGAGUUGCAGCUGGUUGAGUUUAUUCAGCAGCUGUAG